AUGGCGACCUGGCAGGCAGACGAGGAGAACCCCGGCAUGCCGGGCUUCCCCUCGGCCUCGCUGUACGUGGGGGACCUGCACCCCGAGGUGACCGAGGCGAUGCUCUACGAGAAGUUCAGCGCGGCUGGGCCCAUCCUGUCCAUCCGCGUGUGCCGCGACGCCGUCAGCUCCCACUCGCUGGGCUACGGGUACGUGAACUUCCACCGGCCGGAGGAUGCGGGCCACGCCCUGAACACCAUGAACUUCGACACCCUCCACGGCAAGCCCGUGCGCAUCAUGUGGUGCCAGCGGGACCCCUCGCUGCGCAGAAGCGGCGUGGGCAACGUCUUCAUCAAUCACCUGGACACGUCCAUUGACAAUAAAGAGCUGUACGAUCUGUUUGCUGCUUUCGGGACCAUCCUGUCCUGCAAGGUGGCUUCGGAUGAGAACGGGCCCAAGGGUCAUGGAUUUGUCCAUUUCGAGACCCGGGAAGCGGCCGACAAGGCGAUCCAAGAGAUGAACGGCGCGCUGAUCAAGGAGCGCAAGGUGUUCGUGGGCCCGUUCAAGCGUCCGAACCAACGCGAGGCGGAGCGCAGAGCUAAGGUGGAGCAGUUCACCAACGUGUACGUCAAGAAUUUCGGGGACGCCAUGAACGACGAGUGCCUUUUAGAGAUCUUUAGCCAGUUUGGGCCCCUCUCGAGUGUGAAAAUCAUGACCGAUGACAGUGGCAAAUCCAAAGGUUUCGGAUUCAUCCGCUUUGAGCGCCAUGCGGACGCCAAGAAAGCUAUCGAGGAGCUGAAUGGGAAGGAGUUCGGGGGGAGAAAGAUUUACGUUUCUCGAGCUCAGAAAAAGAAGGAGAGGGAGGCAGAACUGCAGCAGAAAUUGGAAGAGAUGAAGCGAAAUCGCAACACCAAAUACCACGGCAUUAACCUCUUUGUGAAAAACCUGGCCGAGAGUGUCGAUGAUGAGCGCCUACGUAAAAUGUUUGCCCCGUUUGGCACCAUCACCAGCGCAAAGGUUAUGGUGAAAGGUGGCCGCAGGAAGGGGAUUGGUUUCGUGUGCUUCUCCUCCCCGGAGGAAGCCGAAAAAGCAGUGGCCGAGAUGCAUGGGAAAGUGUUGUCCGCCAGGCCAUUGUAUGUGUCUUUCGCUCGGUACAAACAAGAGCAGCGAGCUUACUUCUCCAGCCACCUCGGGAAGAAGAAAGCUACCCCGGCCAAAUCUCCAUCCACACCGGGCACCAGCCCCUCCCAGCCAGCAUCUCCAGAUGGCUUGAUGGCAGCUGCCCCCCAGGCUGCGGAUUCAGCUGCCCCACAGGCUGAGGAUUCAGCUGCCCUACAGGCUGCGGAUUAUCCUAGCCAAGCUGCUCAACCAACACCGAGUCCUUGCGAUGCUGAUGAGGCUGCCCAACCUCCUCUAUCCUACAAUCUACCCGAUGAUAUUGGCCUGGCCACUUGGGGUCCCAGGGCACCAGCUUCUUCGCCUCUUCCACAAGCCACCUGGGCACAGCCAGAGUGUGUGGCUAGCACAUCAACACCCACAGCGAGUCCCCGCCCCACUGCCCGCUCUGCUCUGCGGUAUAAAUACAACCCAGGCGUCUGCAAUCCUCAACUGCUGGGCGCCCAGCCACACGCCGCCGUGAAGCCGCCCGUGGCCCGUGAGCAAAGUGGGAAGUGCCUGAUUACUUCCACGCUGGCGUCGGCCUCUCCCGAAGACCAAAAGAAGAUGCUGGGCGAGUGGCUGUUCCCUCUGAUUCAAGCCUUACAGCCUACUCUUGCCAGUAAGAUCACGGGCAUGCUGUUAGAGAUGGAUAACUCGGAACUUCUGCUUCUGCUGGAGUCGCCGGAGUCGCUCUGUUCUAAAGUGGACGAAGCUGUCGCUGUCCUGGAAGUCUGCCAGGCCCAACAAGGCGAGAGGAAGCCACUGUGUGCCCCCGGGGUUCCAACUGUAAAACCGAUCAGGAACCCACCCCCCCCCCAAGAAACUCCUGCUUCACUAAACAAGAACAUCUGA